GGGAUUCUCUCCAUCUCUUUUCAUUUCUUGGCAUAUCAGCUAAUGGGGCUUGUGCUGAAUCUGGGAAUAUAGGCCUAAAUGGUUAUCAAGUUACAGGCAGUAACAGAAGUUCCAGUGGUUUUCUGCAUCCCCAUCAUCAAAGCCAUCCCAAUCCUCAUCAACCGCCCCCACCUAUGCAAGGUGUCAGAGGAUACAAUGUUAAUGUCCCAUCACAACUGGCUAGCGCUUCACGUCGUAUCUCGACCAUUAGUUCUUCAAAUACUGUCAUCACUCCGUAUCAGGAUGUUGUAGAUGCCAGGCCUACAUUUCUAGCUCCUGUACCACCAACUGGUUUUCGGUUGUAUCAGCCUCAUCGAAGGGACAUCAUACUCGACUCAAGUGCAAGGCACCAGACCCUUCCUCACUUGAGAGUUUUGCCAGAAGAUGAAGCUGCCGUACUAGAAAUUCCAGGCUAUCAUGGAGCGGGAGAUUCUAUUGAUCAGCACAGAGAUAUGCGUUUGGAUAUAGAUCACAUGUCUUAUGAGGAGCUUCUUGCAUUGGGAGAACAAAUUGGUAAUGUUGGCACUGGAUUAUCUGAGGAAUUCAUUCAAAAUAAUUUGAAAAUAAGAAAUUUUACCUCAUCGACUGCUGACCUCAAUCUUGAAGAUGAUACUUGCCUGGAUCAGCAAAUCGACUUCUGUGUCAUAUGCCAGACCGAUUAUGAGGAUGGAGAAGAUAUUGGAAUCCUUGACUGUGGACAUGAAUACCACAAAGAAUGCAUAAAGAAGUGGCUGCUCGAGAAGAAUACUUGUGCAGUAUGCAAAUCCACGGCCUUGAGCCACAAGGCGAAGGAUUUAUGAACAGAGGGCCGGUGUUAUUGGAAUAUACCAAUAACCAAUUUAGCAUUUUGGUCCUCUUUCCUUUAUAAUCCACAAGGAAAAGAACAGUUUUCUUGGUGUAUUAUAUUUUUUUGUAUAUAGUUGCAGAGAUGCGACUGGCUAUUGAAACAUUUGCUGGCCCUCUGUCUGUCUCGCAAACUGUACAGACUCGGUACAUUUGUUUGUUCAGUUAUGCAUGAAUGCUGUAUUAGCUUCUGUAGUUGCUUUGCCUUCUCUUGUAGAGAACAUGGACAGCUGAAUGUUGAAUGGAGAAGGCAGGAAUUUGUGAAUGUUAUAGUCAUAUACCGAUGAUUGUGAUUGUAUUGCGCUUGGAUGCUCGCGACUUGUCGAGAGCUGAAGCAUAUUGCUAGUCCUAUGGUCACACACAAGGGAUUGUCAUAAUUUCAUCCCUUAAGCUAUUGUGAGAUAUUAAUAAAUUGAAGUAACAAUUACAGUGGUUUUUGUUUG